AUGCCUUUGAAGGGACAAUGCAAUUGUGGGGCCAUCCAGGUCUCCGUCGACGACGACGCCGCCGAGAAAAGCCAGCCUAUCUUCUGUCAUUGCUCAAAUUGUCGAAGACAGAGCGGAGCUCUUGGAACAUACGUUUCCAUGUAUCCUGAUGCCGAUGUGACUAUAACUGGAAGCCCCAAAGAUUAUGAAGACCGCAGCACAGAUAGCGGGACCCUGCUUCACAGGUGGUUUUGCGGGGCAUGCGGAUGUCCGAUUAUGUCCACCUCGGAGAGACUACCAGGAAUGAAGAUCAUCAAAAUGGGCCUGUUCGAUAAGAUCCACAAACCCAAUGCUGAGAUAUACUGCAAAAACAAGAAUGAGUGGGAGCCGGUUGUUGAGGGAACCGCGCGUCUGCAAGGAGCCUUCUGA